UACGAGAGAAGAGAAGAGAUUUUGAUGAAGUGUUGUGUUUUUCUUGUGUUUUCGGCAAUUUGAGGUAGCUUUACAAUAGAAUGUCUACACCAGAUGAAGCACAAGCAGYUGCAGAAGAAAAAGACGCUGAAAAUGAAGGAGAACAACAAAUAGAAGCGAACAAAGAUGAAGAAGAGAAAAACACUCAACAACCUGAAAAUGGUGAAGUUGUAGCGCACAACGAGGAUGAAAAAUCCGAACAAGAACAAAAUAUAGAAACAGAAGCGAAAAAGGAUACUGAACCAAUGACUGAUGGUGCUGAAAAUUCAUUAAAUAAGGGCAUUUCGGGACAAAACAAUGAAGAAAGUCAAUCUAAAGAGUUUGUGGAAGGGAUUUCUGGAGAGGUCCAMGAAUCRUCAAUGCAAACCGAAGGAAGAGAAACUCCGAAUAAGCCUGAUAUCUCACAASUUCAGGGUACAGAUAGUGAACCUCAUUUAGUCGCCCCUCCAGUAUCUAAUACUGAUGCACCAGCUAAAACAACUGGUGAAAGCUUUGAUGUCCAAGUCAAAUUUGUGAUAAUGCCUGAGGGUGAAGUCCUAACUCUAACAUGCAGUGAUAAGCAAGGGAUCUCUGAGYUAAGGGAUCAUCUGUCGGCAGAGCUUGGGCAGCCACCAAAUGUCAUUCUUAUGCUUCAUGAUGACAAACUGCUAGAGGAUAAGGGUUCACUGUCUGAUAUUGGCCUCCAGCCUGGACAAACRCUUCAAAUAGAGUUACAAUCAAGCGAUCCUAUCAAUCAUGCAUUAAAAACACAGCCACCCCAAAAAYCACAAGCUAAAUUGCCACCAUUUAUUACAGUUAUGGCUGAAAGGGAUGGMAAACCACUAGAAAUCAGAUUAGAAAUAAUCCAAGAAAACAGAAAGAAAACAUUUCUUGGUGGAUUCAAGCAUAGACUGACAGGUGUGGAGUACCACAAUGCUUCAGUACAAACAGUGCCCAAGAUAAGAGUUCCUUCACCAGUUGAGAGAUUUCACAGGGAUACACAGACAUACAAGCUUAGAAACAGGACACAACAGACCACUAAUACAACGUCAACACAGAUGACAAAGGAAGGGUGUUAUGUAUCCAAUGUAACAGACAAAGUCGUCCGGCCUGGCAAAUAUGAGACCGCAGAUGAAUAUCAUUCAAAAAGACUUGAAAAGGUGCUUAUUUUACAGACUUACUGGAGAAGGUGGCUUGCACAAAAAUAUGUGGAAAAUCUAAGAGCGGAUAAAACACGAACAGAAGARUGGGAAAGACAGGAAGAACUGAGAAAACAAAGAGAAAAGGCUGAGAGGAUAAAAAWAGAAUGGGAGCGACGCUUGAAUCCAAAGACUAAAGAAGAUUUUGAUCUGCUUUACUCACAUUUAGAAAAAUGGCGGCAAGAAGAAAUGGCAAGAAUCGAGGAGUUGUACUCUGGUCCAGAGCGCAAGGCUGCAUUAAUAGGUCUAGUYGAACAAGAAGCAUAUCUUAUUGCAUCCAUUGACAGACACAAGAUUGCCGCAAGUACAGAAAGUACAGACAAGAAAGUCAAGUCAUUCCUUGAUAAAGCCGCUGCACCAAAGAGAUGGAGAGCCUUUGAUGGCAAGGUCACCGAGAUGGACACUCCCUAUACAAUCAGAGCACAAGAGCUGCGAGAUAUCUAUAAUACACUAUCAAUGAAAUACUUGACUCAGGAUGAACGACUUGAUGUACUCCUYACUUUAAAGCAUACAGUCAAGGAGCAUGAYUGUAAACUUACUCAUGAAAUAAUCGAAUUGAUCGACCGAGAAGCAGACCUACUAAUGCGAGGUGUAAAGGAAAAUAACUUAGAAGGUCUUCGUAAAAGAAUCUCCACUCUUUUCCUGCAAUAUUGCAAGACUCCGCUGUUCAAUCCUGAGGCAGCACGCCUUAUCAAGGUACCUCAAGACCCUUCAAUAUUGAGAAAGAACAUUUACUUCUGUCCAAGCUGYAACCGAUAUUUGCCCUCGACAGAAUUUAAACUAUCGUUGAACUCAAGCGUUGUAGGGCGUUGUCGGAAAUGCCUCAAGCUGGACAAUGAUGCUCGAUUACGACAAGACUURCUCCAAUAUAGAAACAUGCUAACCGAGCUACGACGAUCCGAGGAAGAUGUCGAGGACGGAUCGAAAAUUUCAUAUCUUAUACAGGAACCAGACCUGCGCUACCUGGUCGAGAAUAUCUGGAAUUCCCAGAGUGCAUUGAGUGCACAUGACGAUUUGUUUGACCUUGUGUUGGUGAGAUGGAACAAGCACGAAGAAUGGUCGCCRUGGAAUUGUAUCUUGCUGACUAAGGAAGAGGCUACAGCUCACAAGAAACUKGAAAAUGUUACGGAGGCUUAUGGACGUAUGUUCAUUGGAAAGAUUUUGCACAAACAUCUGUUGGCCAGGAACUAUUUCUCACGWUUACCAGGAAUGGCUGAACACAUGAAGACUAAAAUCACAGGCAAUCGUUACGCCCCGCAGGCCGUGCGAUAAAUUACUAGCUGUAAAUAUAGAAUUGGUAUAUAGUCAUUACUGAUGUUAAUAAACUCAUUUAUAUAA